GGCCAAUUCGUGUGCCGCCUCAUAAUUGAGAGCGGGUGAUAAUAUUCUUAGGACCGAUCAAUUCAAGUCAGAUGAGUAGUUUGAAGGAUCAGAUAUGAAGUCGCUCUCCAUUUUUACAGUCAUGCUACGGCUAUUUCGUCCUCUGGCAAACCUUUGGUGUUGCUGUUGGUGCUACAAAGAUUUCUAUUCUCCCUUUGUACCGUCGCAUAUUCAUAACACGGAGUUUCCGAGUCUCCACAACUAUCCUUGGCACAUUGAUCAUCCUUUGGGUUAUCUUGAGAGCCUCAGCGCAGGCCUAUCCGGAAAAUCUGAAUCGAAAUAGCCCAGGCGAAUGUCUCAUUUUACCGACUUUGUCUUGGGUGUUCAGGCUUUCAACGUUUCCUUCGGGAUAUGCAUCUUAACACUCCUAAUAAACCCUAUUUAUAUGCUUCACCUUUCACCUCGCAACAGAACGGACAUGAUGUCAAUCUUUGCAGUCGGUGCAUUCACUAUAAUCAUCGCGGUUAUCCGUCUUGCUGUUGUCUCGAGCGAAGUAUUGGAAUAUGGCCCAACUUUGCCAGAUAUCACUUGGUUUAUCAGCAAGUUUUCAUGAACGGUGAUAGAUUCUGCCGUGGGCUGUUUUGUGGCAUGUAUGUCAACCUAUUCACCACUUGUCAAGCCUUUGAGACAUAUUCCGGAUUACGUGAGCUUAAUGGAGGUGUCUUGGACUCGUUCAUCUAAUGCUAGUCGAAAAGGAACAACCAAAAUUGAAGAUGACAAUGCGGCUAAUUUCUCUCUUGUGAAUUAUAAACUGGCUAGCACGAGAGAAGUAAUAGUGGCCAGGAGAUCUUCAAGCAUCAACUCCCGACAAGAACUCCAUGCUGUUCCCGGAACCGUAAGAGUGAAGAGAGAUUUCACUCGGGAAGACCAAGGGGGGGAUAGUUGGUAAAUCUGCGACCCGUUCAAUACCGCAUGGAACACUGUAUUGGCGUCAUGUCAUAAUGGCAAUCUUUAUAUCUGUUCAACAUAUUCUUAUAUCACUGAGAUGAGAGAUGAAAGAUGGAAGAAUUAAAGAUGAAGAGUUAUGUACACCACAAUGGGUAGUCUGAAGACAAAAGAGAGUCAGUCCA